AUGGAUUAUUCAAGUCAAUCCGUUUGCUGUGAUGGAACAGGCGGAGAAAAGGUUCUGGAGGAGUUGUCCCUUUUUGAACAAGAUGAUGGUGAAAUCGAAACUGAUUAUGUAGAUGUUGCUGAAGAUGUUCUGAAAUAUUUUACUGAAGACAUUAGUAGCUCUGCCCAUUCUAGUGUUGCGUGUGGUGUUCGAUUCAGUGAAGAUAUGGGAAAUGGUGAAGAGAAUUCCAUGGCUACAACAGAGGUAAACAGUGUAUCUGAUAUUUGUGCAAUUGACAUGAAGACUUUUAUCCCAAUUCAAGUAGCAAGAUAUGAUUUUGUUAGCUUGGAGGUUGCAUUCAUGUUUUACGCGCAUUUUGCACGUGCCAAUGGAUUCUGUGUUAGAAAAUACAACAUUAUUAGAAGCAGGAAGACAAGUGAGAUUUUGCAACAGGAAUUUGUUUGUAACAAGAAUGGUAAGAGAGAAAACCGGGGCGUAUCGGUUGAACAAAGAAAAAGGACACCUAGGAGGGAAACCAGAUGUGGGUGUAAAGCUAUGUUUCGGGUACAUGUUGAUGUAACCACAUCUCGUUGGUACUGCACUUUGUUUACAAAUGAUCACAACCAUGAGUUAUUUGAUGAUGUGGAUUGUGGCUUGCAAGCUCCACAUAGAAAGCUUAGUUUGAGCGACAUUGUUCAGCUCAAUGGCAUGAAGGAUGUUGGCAUGGGUGUUCCUCACAUGUGGCGUGCUUUUGCAACUCAAUGUGGAGGCUUUGAGAAUAUCCCGUUCACAAAAAGGUCUGUAUACAAUCAGAUUGGCAAGCAACGACAAAUGCAAAAAAGCGAUGCUUCCUCCGCAAUGCAGUUCAUUGGUAAGUUGAGUUCCAUAGACAAUGAUAUGUAUUGGGAGCGCACUAUUGAUAAUGAGCGUAGACUUCAACAUUUGUUUUGGUCCGAUGGCAUUAGUCGGUUGAGUUACAAGGUUUAUGGUGAUGUGCUAGCUUUUGAUGCAACCUAUUCGAAAAAUAAGUAUUUGUUGCUCGUAGUUGUCUUCUCGGGGGUAAACAACCAUAACCGAACAACCAUUUUCGCUACUGCUAUUGUUGCUAAUGAAACAGAAGAAACAUAUGUUUGGCUACUUGAGGAAUUCCUGAAAGCAAUGGAUGGUAAACAUCCAAAAACUGUUAUAACAGAUGGGGCUGUAGUGAUGAAGAAUGCAAUCCACCGGGUGUUUCCUAAUGUACAGCAUCGUUUGUGUGCUUGGCACCUUCUUUGUAACGCGAAUACUAGAAUUGGAAACCCGCAGUUUACUCAAGCUUUCAAGAGGUGCAUGUUUGGUGACUAUGAUGUUGGCAAAUUUGAAAAAAAGUGGGAUGAUAUGGUUGCAAAGUUUGGAUUGCAAAACAACAAAUGGGUUCAAGCACAGUACGCUACAAGGAAAAAGUGGGAAGCAGCACAUUUGAGGGGGAAAUUCUUUGCUGGAUUCCGGACAACGUCUAGAUGUGAGGGUCUGCAUUCUGAGCUUACGAAGUUUGUUCACUCGCGUCAGAACUUGACUGAUUUCUUAGUGCAGUACCACCACUGUUUGAAGAACAUGCGUUAUAGAGAGGUGGACGAUGAUUUUCAUUCCAUAAAUGGGAAUCCUGUUCCACAAACAAAGAUGGAGGCCUUAGAGAUUUCUGGUGGGAAACAUUUUACAAAUGCCAUUUACUUGCUAUAUGUCAGUGUCAUUAAAGAGGCUGCUUUGCUGAAGGUAUUACAAUGCCACGAGGCAUUAACAUGCACCAUUUAUACUGUAGCGAAGCUAAUAUCAGGGGCGAAGGAAUGGCAUGUUUCUGUUUAUGGAGAACCAGUUGACUAUAAAUGCUCAUGUAUGAAAAUGGAGUCACGAGGAUUACCUUGCGAGCAUAUAGUUGCUGUGUUACACCAUUUGAAGAUUGAUGAGUUGCCUCAGUGCUUAAUACUGAAAAGAUGGACCAAAGGUGCAAAGGAUGGGGUCUAUAGUGCGAAGGGUGCUGGAGGGGUAUGUUGGGAUUCGCAGAAAAGUGCUAGAUGUGGAGCCUUGAUGGAAUUAUACAGAGUUCUUAGUGAACUAAAUUCAGACACACUGGAAGAUUUCAACAAUGCAAGGAAGAAUGCUAAUCAGCAAAUAGAGUUGGGAAGAGCAAAGAGAUCUUGCCAAAGAGGAGAUUUAUCAGUCAAUAAAAAUGAUUUUUCAAAUCUGAGGGACCCUGUGCGUAUACGGGCAAAUGUGCGUGUUGGAAAGGGUUCAUCGGCUUCGGGCGUGAGAGCCAAACGUGUCUUAAAUUGUUCACUUUGUAAGCAACCUGGGCAUAACAAACUUACGUGCACAUAUCUGGCAAGCCAAGGUCAAUCUGUUGGACAUGUGGAAACAGACUAUGACCUCUUUAGUGUAGAAGAUCUCAACGUUGACAAUAUGGACGAAGUUUAG